AUGACUGCCCUGCUUCAGCUGGAGGAUGCAAGCAUGCAGAACGGGGCACAUCGCCGCAGUGAGGAUCCUACAUCCACGGAGUGAAAGGGUAAAGGAAAAGGAACGGAUAAAGUAAAUGAAGUUGCUGAUGACACCGUGGAUGAAAAUGACGGUAAUGUGGAUUCAGAUGACGAGAGCACGAUAUGUUUAGAAUGCACUGAAUCCUUCGCCGAUAGUGUUCCUGGCGAACAAUGGAUUCAGUGCAUAACUUGCGGAAAUCAUAAGGAGCAUUUAUUUGCUGAACGAAGGCAAUCCGUUCACAACUUCAUACAAAAAUUAAAUUGUGUGGAAUCACAUUACUGCAGAAAAACAAAGAUGGUCGAAAGGAAAUACUUAUCAUCAAACUUGAAUAUAAACAAACUUUAUAGUUUACAAAGAAAAUGCACAAAAACAACGAGCAAUGUUGUGGUACGAGGAGAAUUGCAUUAUAAAAGUGAUAUAGCAACAGCUCAAAACAUUUGUCAACGCAAUAAAGACGUGUCUCAUAUAAGGCCUCAGCAACUACCCAGUAUAGUGCCCCUAAAUAAAGAUAAACUAUCAGACGUUAAAAAGUUGCUCCUAAAACAUUUCGGCCCUGAGUGGGAAAACAUGCCAAAUUUAUUUUUUUAUAAAAAUGUUUUUGAGACGCAGCAAAUUCUCGAUGCACCUCAAAUCGAAGAAAAUUACUGCCAAGAAUUAAUGGACGAGGUGCAAGAUCUUCGCGUGUAA